AUGGCUAUUUGCCCGUUCUACCAGCGCGGCACGUGCAAGUUCGGAGACCGAUGCAAGAACGAGCACCCAGGAAGUCAGCGCGAUGGCGGCAAUGCUUUCGGCGGCGGAAAUAGAAGCGGGUUCAAUGCCUUCGGGGGUGGUGGUGAUCGCUACCGACCCUCAGGCGGAGGCGGAGGCGGAGCAUUCGGAGAAUACAUCCAGUGCAACGCUGUACUCUACCUUUGCCUGAUCUGGCCAUCGCUCAUCCUACCCCCAGGGAACCGUACAGGCACUCCACGCUACACUUUGUCAAAAGAUGAGAUCAAAACCGAUCUUACGGACCAGCGCCCAGCCUAUCCGUUCUCGUGCUACGGAGCGGGACGCGAUGCACCACGCCAGCUCAUGGAAGGACCGCUAGAGAUCAGUCCGGAAGAACUGCGCGCUCGGUACUACACACAGCGCUCAUCAGGUAACGAGGCUGCGGGACAACAUGAAGAAGCCCAGCUCUAUUCGAAAGCAGAAGAGCAGGUGAAGUCGAUCUUGAGCGACCUGGAUGGAGCAAUCAAGUACGUUGAAGACGGCGCAGAUGUUCAUCCCAACAGGUUAGACAUUGCGCAAGGCAAGGUCGACCCAUCUAGCUCAACAGCUGCACCAGCACCGUCCAAUGCGAAUCCCUUCUCUAGUGCUGCGGCAGCAAGUCCGUUUGCUCGCAGCCAGGUACCGAGCUCUGCUUCAGGGAAUCCUUUUGGUGGCGGUACUCAGUCGCAAACCUCCACCUUCGGAAAGCCCGCCAAUCCCUUCGGCCAAUCCUCUGCUCCAGGUCAAAGCAACUCAGCGUUCGGCCAGGCAUCAGCCCUAGGCGCAGGCGCAGGUAGCGGCUUCGGCAAACCGUCUAUGCCCGGGAGCGGGAGCGCCUUCGCUCAGACGUCUGCCUCAGGUGGAGGUCCUGCCUUUGGAAAACCGUCUGCGUUUGGAGGUGGCUCUGCAUUUGGACAGACGAGCGCUCUAGGCCAGCCGUCAGCUUUCGGCCAGCCUUCAGCACCGGGGACCGCAUCUGCCUUUGGCCAGCCUUCGGCGCCAGGAGCGUCCUCUGCUUUCGGUCAGCCUUCACAACCAGGUCAAACAGCAGCAUUCGGACAGCCCUCUCAGCCGGGUCAGACCUCUGCAUUUGGACAGCCUUCUCAGCCGGGUCAGACCUCUGCAUUUGGACAGCCUUCUCAACCGAGUCAAACUUCUGCUUUCGGUCAGUCUUCAGCGCCCGGCCAAACAUCCGCCUUUGGCAAGCCAGCAUUCGGGCAAUCAACCUUCGGUCAGACUUCACAAGCAGGAGCCGUCGCGAAUCCAUUCGGCCAAGCAGCACAAGCGGGUCAGGCACAGCCAGCUAGCAAUCCGUUCGGCAGCACCCAAACGCAGACUUCACCAGCGCCCGCAAACCCAUUCGGUAGCGCACCCGCACAGCAAAAGUCCGCGUUCGGCCAGCCAGGAGGCCUGGCAAAACCAUCGCCAUUUGCCCCUGCUGCACAGAAUACGACAACCACAAUGCCCAAGCCGAACCCCUUCGCAGCCGCCACGCAGACUACGACACCUGCGGCUCCAGCCUUCGGGGCUCCAUCCCAGCCCGCCAAUCCGUUCGCCCAAGCAGCAACACAGCAAGCUCCUUCGCAAGCCACCCAGCCACCUGGUGCCGCUGGUGCCGCCGAUCCCUUCAAGGAGGGUAGGCCAGAGGACUACGAGGGCGAGCAGGGUCGGAAGCUACAGCAGAUAUACCAACGCGUUGCACAGAUGGGCAUCUUCAACCCUAACGAAUAUAUCCCACUCGUACCUCCAAAAUCUGAGUGGGUUGUGGCUCUUUAG